CCACAUGGAACCUUCUUGCCGAAACCAAAGUGUCGCUCCUCUUUUCUUGGCGAUUUACUAAAAUGCCCCUUUCAUGACUCGCUCAAUGCUUAUAUAUAUUCUCCGCUUCUCUGUUUCGGUGUUUCCUCCAUUCCUCUCGCUCACUUGAUCUCCCGAAAAGUCACAGAAACUCAAAAGAUUUGUAUUCUUUCGUUUGAUUUGAAAGUCUCAAGCUUCUACCUUUUUCUUUCACAAGCUUCUCUGUUUCUCCGGCGCUUUCUCUCUCAGUUUUUCUCGGGAAAGUGACGAGAAACAGAGCAUCUCCUUUUUUCUUCAACUCAUCUGAGAGUUUAUUUGAUAAUGAGUCCGGCUUGCGUUUGUUGCUUUCUUCUCUUCCUCUACAUCGUCUACCUCAUCGUUACCUUCAUUGACUUCUUCUUUAUCAACAAACCCCGUGUAUUUCGCGCCUAAAUGGAAGAAGAACAUCAAGAUCUCCAUAAACCCAUCUAUGGAGCUCUGCGAAACCUCAAGAUUACUCAUUCACGUAAAGAAACAGAAGAAUCUAUGAACCUACAGCGAGAUUUUACUUGUUACUACGGUCUAAGGGAAAACCCGAAGAAGAAAAUCCAGGAGUCUCCGGAACCAAUGAAGAAGAUCUUGUUUCGAUGCGAAGAAUGUGGAAAAGGGUUUCGGUACGAGAAAUGUUUUUCGAAUCAUAAGGCGGUGAUGCAUUUAUCGACGAACCAGAAGGUUUGUGAAGAAUCCGUGAUGAGUCUAUGUCGUAGCCUAAGUUUUGUGAGGAAGAAGAAAAGAUCGAGACUUGUUAGGUACAAGAAGACUUCAUUUUCUUGUUCGUUUACUACGUUUCAUGAACCGCGUUCUGUUGUUGCUGCGAAUGAUGAAGAAUUAGAAGUGGCGGAUUGUUUGAUUCUAUUGUCCGAGAGUACUCCCAAGUUUGUAGACGGACUAAAACUUCUUGCUGAGGCAGUACAUAUUACUCAUGAAACACCUAAAAGUAGCUAUGAUUUGGGUUGUUUGCGUAACAAGAAACCGCGAAAUAGUAGUGAAUUUGAAUAUGGGUUUUUCAGUAAUGAGCAAAGAUUUAUGGAAGAAGGGUUUAGUAGUUUUGGAACAUCGAAAGAACCAGCUAGCUUCUUGAGAGAUGAUAACAGAUUGGAUCAACAGAAACGGAGAAAAGCUGGUGAAUUUGAAUCUGAGUUUUUGAGUAAUGAGCAAAGAAUGCUAAAAGAAGAGAUUACUACUCCUGUUACAUUCAAAGGUCCAGCAAGUUUCUUGGGACGCAAGUGUGUUUUGGAUCAGCACAAGCUGCGAAAUGGAGGUGGAUUUGGUUCUGAGUUUCUGAGUAAUGAGCAAAAACUGAUGGGAGGGGCAUGGAAAGAACCAGAGAGUUUCUUGGUAACAAAGAUUGAAUUGGAACAGCGGAAACUGCGAAAAGCUGGUGACUUUGAAACUGGGUACUACAGAACUGAGCUUGGAGUAGGAGCUAUGGAGUGUUCUGAUUCAGAUUCUGAGAUGAUCACUGAAUCUGAUAAGAAGAACGUUGAGCAUCAAUGCAGGUUGUGCAACAAGAUAUUCUCUUCAUAUCAAGCUCUAGGAGGUCAUCAGACGAUUCAUCGGAUGAGCAAAUGUAAGUUCAAGAAGAAUUGCAGAGAGGAAUCAGUAGAACCUGAGGAUGAAUCUAUGAGAAGCUCAGUGACGAAGAGAAGAAGACACACAAGUGUAGCAUCCGUUCAAGGAAUUUCAGCUCGGUUCAUGCUUUAGAUGGUCACAUGAAGUCUCACGGCAAGAGACAGCAACUUCAAACAGAGGAUAACAUGUUAGUGUUGGAGUCGAGUUUUACUAAAACUCUGUUUCUCGAAUAGGAUUUGGUAGUCAACUUUGAGAUUUUUUUGGCUCUGUUAUUUUAGAUGAGAAAAAAACAUUAGUUGGUGUAAAAAGAGAAUGAUAUUUUUGUUUUACUUUCUUGUUUCUAGAAAUGUCUUGAGUUCUUUUUUUUUCAUCAGAAAUGUCUUCAGUUUCUGAAUCGAAGUUGUACAUAAUUUGAUAGUCAAGUUUGAGACUUUUUGCUCUGUUUUUUUUUCUAAAGUUGUUUUAGCAACUUUUCCUCUCAAUUGCAUCUUUUGUUUCUUUGGGAUUAACUCGUCGGAUUUGAUUCCGGUUCGAGUCAAUUUUUGUUGAUUUGAAAAGUCACAAUGGAAUGUGUCGGUCGGUCUAUGGUAUUUCAACAAAACUUUUGAGCAUAUAAAUGAAAUUAAAUAACUACUUUUCCUGACC